AUGCCUUCCAACAAUGUGAUUUCAUUAUCUUCUGUCUCGAAUUUGAGACUCGAGCAAUUUAGAACACAAUAUGAAUUGGCAAAGAACUUUUAUGAUGAUCAUGAAUUUUGCCCUGUUUUCCAUGUUGAAGAGGCUACCGAGCACCGGGAAAGAGUUCAGAGGCGCACGUCUCCAUAUCCAUCUCCAAAUUCAUCCAUUUCAUCAUCGUCGUCGUCGUCAGCUUCCUCGUCGUAUUACACAUCCUCAAAACAACAUCGCUAUUACCAACAGACUCCUUCCAGAUCCAACUCAUCCUCGACAGCCGCAGUUGCAACAGCCCCAAAUGCCACAAGAGCUAUCCCUAUUAUUGAUCCUAGCAAUAUGACCCCUGUUGCCGUGCCUGUGCAUCAGCAGUACUCACAAAAGGCACAUAGCACCACUUCUCCGUCAAUGGCUCAAUGGGUUUCUUACAAGAAUACUGCAAGUCCAGUCAAUACAAGCCCCAGCAGCGUCCAUAGUAGUCUUAGUAGCAAUAGCAGCAGUAGUAGUGGCAGUGCUCAUGUAGCAGAUUAUCACAAGAAUUACUAUUACAACACUGACUAUAGCUAUCAACAAUCAAUGGUGCCUCCCACUGUGAUUCGAGCCAUACCCAUCAUUGACCCUACUACAAGACAAGCUUACCAUCAGCAACAACCUCAACAACAGCAACAUCAUCAUCAAAUUCACCAUCAUUAUCAAUCGCAAACAAUUCCACCUCCUGGAUUCUAUAACGUUUCAGUGUGUUAA